CAACCUUAUAUCUGUGCUUGGUAUUCUACCCGCUUGCUCUUGCGCUUGCACAGCCGCAUCACUCUCACUGAAUAUUAACAAUCCACCGCUACCGCCAACAGGCAGCCUGCUGUCUGCAAGUGGGUUUUCUUUAAAACCUCCAAAUUCGUUGGUGGGUAAUCUUGGAUUCAUCUGGCCAUGGCUUCAUCAAUGCUCAGUGGAGCUGAGAAUCUCGCCCUCAUGAGAGCCAUAACCCCAAAAGCAAAAGGGUUAUGUUUUUCUCGGUCAGAUUUACACGGGAACUACUUCCCCAGGGUGAAUUUAUCUACUAGCUCUAGAAUCGAUAGGACAAGAGUGGCGAUACCCAAAUGCAGUUUAUCAGCCUCCAGGCCAGCCUCUCAGCCCAGGUUCAUCCAACACAAGAAAGAGGCUUUUUGGUUCUACAGAUUCCUCUCAAUUGUAUAUGACCAUGUGAUCAAUCCUGGGCACUGGACUGAGGACAUGAGAGAUGAUGCAUUAGAGCCUGCUGAUCUCAAUGAUAGGAAUCUGGUAGUUGUAGAUGUUGGCGGUGGGACUGGUUUCACUACUUUGGGUAUAGUGAAGCAUGUGGAUGCCAAAAAUGUCACCAUUCUAGAUCAGUCCCCCCAUCAGCUUGCAAAGGCCAAGCAGAAGGAGCCUUUGAAGGAGUGUAAGAUUAUUGAGGGUGACGCAGAGGAUCUGCCAUUUCCUACCGAUUAUGCUGACAGAUAUGUGUCCGCCGGGAGUAUUGAGUACUGGCCAGACCCUCAACGAGGCAUCAAGGAAGCAUACAGGGUCAUAAAAUCAGGAGGAAAAGCCUGCUUAAUUGGUCCAGUGUAUCCAACAUUUUGGCUGUCUCGUUUCUUUGCAGAUGUUUGGAUGCUCUUCCCAAAGGAGGAAGAGUACAUUGAAUGGUUUGAAAAGGCUGGGUUUACGGAUGUUCAACUGAAGCGUAUUGGCCCAAAAUGGUAUCGUGGUGUUCGCCGGCAUGGGCUGAUCAUGGGAUGUUCUGUAACAGGUGUUAAACCUGCAUCUGGAGAUUCUCCUUUACAGCUUGGUCCAAAGGAAGAGGACGUAGCAAAGCCAGUGAACCCAUUUAAGUUCUUUCUGCGUUUUAUUUUGGGUGCCAUGGCUGCAACCUACUAUGUGCUGGUGCCUAUCUACAUGUGGCUCAAAGAUCAAAUUGUACCCCAAGGCAAACCAAUCUAAGAGGGAUAUUGUAGUGGCUCAAACAUCAAGUUGUGCUUGUACCCAAAGUGGAUCAAUCUAAGAGGGAUUUUAGAGUUUCUUUUGUGGGAUUUCUUAUAACAAUUGAAAAUAUUUUCCCAUUGCCUUAGAAAUAUUUGACCAUACUCUUUUCAAUUUAACAUAUGGACAGCCAUGCAAGACCA